AUGGAGACAACAGUGAGAGUGGAGUCUGGGGUCCUGGUCGGGGUGGCCUGUCUGCUCCUGGCAUGCCUUGCCACAGCCCAUGGGCCCGAAGUUGCUCAGCCUGAAGUAGAUACCACCCUGGGCCGUGUUCGAGGCCGGCAGGUGGGCGUGAAGGGCAUAGACCGCCUUGUGAAUGUCUUCCUGGGAAUUCCAUUUGCCCGGACGCCACUGGGCCCUGACCGGUUCUUAGCCCCACACCCAGCAGAGCCCUGGGAGGGUGUGCGGGACGCCAGCACUGCACCCCCAAUGUGCCUGCAAGAUGUGGAGAGAAUGAACAACAACAGAUUUAUGCUCAACGGAAAACAUCAGAUCUUCUCUGUUUCGGAGGACUGCCUGGUCCUCAACAUCUACAGCCCAGCUGAGGCCACCACAGGGGCCGGGAGGCCGGUCAUGGUAUGGUUCCAUGGAGGCUCUCUGGCGACUGGCGCUGCCACCUCCUACGAUGGAUCGGCCCUGGCUGCCUAUGGGGAUGUGGUCGUGGUUACUGUCCAGUACCGCCUCGGGAUCCUUGGCUUCUUCAGCACCGGGGAUGAGCAUGCACCUGGCAACCAGGGCUUCCUAGAUGUGGUAGCUGCUCUGCGCUGGGUGCAGGGAAACAUCACCCCCUUCGGGGGUGACCUCAACUGUGUUACCGUCUUUGGUGGAUCCGCUGGUGGAAGCAUUGCCUCUGGCCUGGUCCUGUCCCCAGUGGCUUCGGGGCUGUUCCACAGAGUCAUCACACAGAGUGGGGUCGUCACCAUCCCAGGGAUAAUGACGUCUCACCCCUGGCCCCUGGCUCAGAACAUUGCAAACUCCAUGGCCUGCAGCUCCAGCUCCUCGGCUGAGAUGGUGCAGUGCCUUCGGCAGAAGGAAGGAGAAGAGCUAGCCCUUAGCAAGAAGCUGAAAACUACUAUCUAUCCUUUGACCGUCGAUGGCACUGUCUUCCCCAAAAGCCCCAAGGAGCUCCUGAAGGAGAAGCACUUCCACUUGGUGCCCUUCCUCAUGGGUGUCAACAACCAUGAGUUCAGCUGGCUCAUCCCCAGGGGCUGGAGUCUCCUGGAUACAAUGGAACGGAUGAGCUGGGAGGACAUGCUGGCCAUCUUGACACCCUUCUUGACCAGUCUGGAUGUGCCCCCUGAGAUGAUGCCCACCAUCAUAGAUGAAUACCUAGGCAGCGACUUGGAUCCACAAGCCAAACGCCAGGCCUUCCAGGAAUUGAUGGGUGACAUGCUGUUGAAUGUGCCCACCUUCAGUUUUUCAAGACACCUUCGAGAUGCUGGGAGCCCUGUCUUUUUCUAUGAGUUCCAGCAUCGACCCAGUUCUUUUGUGAAGAUCAAGCCCGCCUGGGUGAAGGCUGAUCAUGGGGCUGAGACUGCUUUUGUGUUUGGAGGUCCCUUCCUCACAGAUGAAAGCUCCCUCCUGGCCUUUCCAGAGGCCACAGAGGAGGAGAAGCAGCUAAGCCUCACCAUGAUGGCCCAGUGGACCCACUUCGCUCGGACAGGGUUGCCAUCACUCCUGCCCACAGCAGGAGCUCUCUGGAGCAUGAGGUGGAUUCUGUGUUCAAGCCUCACCCUCUGCCUAAUGACACAGACGGCCCUGGGUGCCUUGCACACCAAGAAGCCUCAAGUGGUCACUAAAUAUGGAACCUUGCAAGGAAAACAUAUGCAUGUGGAGAAGACACCCAUCCAAGUCUUCUUAGGAGUCCCCUUCUCCAGACCUCCUCUAGGCAUCCGCAGGUUUGCACCUCCAGAACCCCUGGAGCCCUGGCAAGGAACUAGAGAUGCUACCACCUAUCCGCCUGCGUGCCUGCAGGAGUCCUGGGGCCAGAUGGCCUCCAUGUACGUCAACAUACGGAAACGGUACAAGUUGCUGCGCUUCAGCGAGGACUGUCUGUACCUGAAUGUGUACGCGCCAGUGCGCGAGCCCGGGGACGCCCCGCUGCCGGUGAUGGUCUGGUUCCCGGGAGGCGCCUUCGUCGUGGGCGCCGCGUCUUCGUACGAGGGCUCUUACUUGGCAGCCCGCGAGAAAGUGGUGCUGGUGUUUCUGCAGUACAGGCUCGGUGUCUUCGGUUUCCUGAGCACUGGCGACAGCCAUGCGCGCGGGAACUGGGGGCUGCUGGACCAGAUGGCAGCUCUGCGCUGGGUGCAGGAGAACAUCGCGGCCUUCGGGGGAGACCCAGGAAAUGUGACCCUGUUCGGCCAGUCAGCGGGAGCCAUGUGCAUCUCAGGACUGAUGAUGUCACCCCUAGCCUCAGGUCUCUUCCAUCGGGCCAUUACCCAGAGUGGCACUGCAUUAUUCAAACUUUUCAUCACUCCUAACCCGCUGAAAGUGGCCAAGAAGGUUGCCCACCUGGCUGGAUGCAACCACAACAGCACACAGAUCCUGGUAAACUGCCUAAGGGCACUAUCAGGGGCCAAGGUCAUGCAUGUGUCGGAGAAGAUGAGAUUCUUCCAGUUGAAUUUCCAGAAAGACCCUGAAGAGACUAUCUGGCUCAUGAGCCCUGUGGUGGAUGGUGUGGUGUUGCCAGAUGACCCCUUGGUGCUCCUGACCCAGGGGCAGAUUUCAUCUGUGCCCUACCUUCUGGGUGUCAACAACCUGGAGUUCAAUUGGCUCGUGCCUUAUAUCAUGAAGUUCCCGCUAAACCGGCAGGUGAUGAAAAAGGAAACCAUCGCCAGGAUGCUGUGGAGUACCCGCACCCUGUUGAAUAUCACCAAGGAGCAGAUACCACUUGUGGUGGAGGAGUACCUGGACAACACCAAUGAGCGCGAUUGGAAGAUGCUACGAAACCGUAUGAUGGACAUAGUUGAAGAUGCCGCUUUCGUGUAUGCCACGCUGAAGACUGCUCACUACCACCGAGAUGCCAGCCUCCCUGUCUACCUGUAUGAAUUUGAGUGCUACGCUCGUGGAAUGAUCGUCAAACCCCGCACUGAUGGGGCGGACCAUGGGGAUGAGAUGUACUUCCUCUUUGGGGGCCCCUUCGCCACAGAUCUUUCCACGGGUAAGGAGAAGGCACUUAGCCUCCGGAUGAUGAAAUACUGGGCCAACUUUGCCCGCACAGGAAACCCCAAUGAUGGGAAUCUGCCCUGCUGGCCACGCUACGACAAGGAUGAAAAGUACCUGCAGCUGGAUUUUACCACAAGUGUGGGCAAGAAGCUCAAGGAGAAGAAGAUGGCUUUUUGGAUGAGUUUGUACCGGUCUCAAAGAUCUGAGAAGCAGAGGCAAUUCUGAGGGCGGCUAUGCAGGAAGGAGACAAAGGAGCAUUUGCCCCACCACCCAGGCCCUGGGGAGACUGGCCAUGGACAUACCUGGGGACAAGAGUUCUGCCCACCCCAAUUUAGAACAUGCAGGAGCUCCCUGCUGCCUCCAGGCCAGAGCAAGAGCUUUUGCCUGUUAUGUGGGGCCUGUACCACCCUCUCCAGCCCGACAUCCCAUGAUGCCCCCUACCUCACUGUUGACAUCCGGUUAGGCCAGGCCCUGUCAAUACCAUGCUGUGCCCACCUCUCCAGCCUCAGACAACCUUUUUUUCCCCUUCUUCAAAUCCUCCCACCCUUCAGUGUCUCCUUGUAGCUCCUUCUUAUGGGAGGUCAACCCAGACUGCCACUGCCCCGUCCCUGCACCCAGCUUGGCAUUUACCGUCCAUCCUGCUCAACUUCGUGCCUGUCUGUUCAUUGGCCUGGAGGCCUUGGGCAGGUUAUCUAUGACAUGGAGCAAACUUUUGAUAGUUUGAGAUCUUCUCUCCCACCCACACUUAUCUCCCUCAGGGCCACUUCAAAGUCUAUACACAGGGAUGGUCUCAAUAAAGAAGUGUUGAUUUGA